CGCCAUUCCUUUUUAAAAACACUGCCUAACUACCUAACCUUAAAAAUUUUAAAAAUAUAUUCGUAUUCUUCAAAUUUUAAUUACUUUAUUAAAUACCUAAUCAUGGUGAAAUUAACUGCAGAAAUAAUUCAGAACUCGAUGCAGUACAUAAAUCCUGUCAAAGAUAGAGAAUUAGAUUUGAGAGGUUAUAAAAUUCCCGAAAUUGAAAAUUUAGGGGCCACAGGAGAUCAGUUUGAUACAAUAGAUUUCUCUGAUAAUGAUAUUCGAAAGUUGGAUGGCUUCCCUUAUUUAAAGAGAUUAAAAUGCUUACUUCUAAACAAUAACCGAAUAGUACGUAUUGCUGAACACUUGGAGGAGUAUGUUCCAAAUAUAGAGAGUAUAAUUUUAACAGGCAACCACAUAGAGGAGCUUGGAGAUUUAGAUCCAUUAAUAUCUUUAGAGAAACUUACAUGUUUGAGUUUAUUACACAAUCCAGUUACUGCAAAGCCUCAUUAUAGACUAUAUGUCGCUUAUAAGUUCCCACAAUUGAAGCUUUUAGAUUUUCGUAAGAUUAAAAUGAAAGAAAGAGAAGAAGCAAAAGCUCUCUUUAAAAGUAAAAAAGGUAAAGAGUUACAGAAAGAAUACAGCAAGAAAUCCAAAACUUUUGUACCUGGUGCUAAUAUUCCAAGUUCCAAUCAAAGAUUAUCUGAGCAAGAGAUUAAAAAGAUCCGAGAAGCUAUAUCAAAAGCAAAUACACUUCAUGAAGUUGAGAAAUUGCAAAAAUUGUUACAAGCAGGGCAAAUUCCAGACCAGACAGAACAGAAUGGAACUGCUCCAAAUGGUGAUUACACUGAAGACAUGCAAAUGGAUCAGACUUAAGGUAAUAAUAAUUUGUGCAAGAUAAAGCAAUUAGCUCACUCUUCGAACAACCUUUUUGUUUUUUAUUUUAAAUUGUCAUUAAUUAUAAAUGACAACAAAUUGAUUCAUUAUCAUCAAGUGGCUAAUU